AUGUCCGAUCUAGACCAGGAUAUCGCGCCUAUCCCCCGUUCGCGGGAGGAGAACCAGGAGCGUGCCUUUAUCGCUGCUUCAAGGCGAAAGGAUCGGAGUCUGGACGCUCGCCUGGAAUCUGCCAACCGUGCAUCCAUGCUACACAGAAAGCGUACUGGCAAAGCAUUCCAUAUCACCAAGGAGAUUGUCGAAAAAGAAGCCAUGUACGAAGAAGUCGAUGAGCGCUACCAAGAAAAGCGCAUUCGCAUGCUGCAAGCCCAGAACAUGCAGAUCGAAGAGCAAUUCCACCGUCAUCUAUUGGCUGCCUUUGCCGCCCGAGCCAACGGCCCCGGCUCAACAGCUUCAUCCAUCGCCAGCCGACGAGCCAGUCUUGCCCCGCGUGCCUCAGUUGAUGGCGCAUCCUCAUCUCGCAAGAUGAGCCUGGACCUCACCAACCUUCGCUCGCCAUUCCCCCACGCCAUGGACUCCAACUCCAUGACCAGCCCAGCCAUGACCACCGAUGGAUACGUCCUGUCUCCAUCCACCAACAGCUUCGAAGGCGCACAGUCCUACAUGCCCUUUGACGGCUCAGAAAGCAGCCCCUACUCUACUAUGAUGACUACCGCCAGCUCAUCUGGCCCCAUACCGGCCUACGUCGCCCACCAGACACCCACCCCGGCAUGGAACCAACAGAUGGCACCCUCGUGGGCAAUGCAACAGCACGUCCCAACCCCCAACCACACCCCCACCGACUCCCACUCCGUGCAUAUGUGGCAGCAGCAAAUGAUGCAGCAAGCUCAGAUCCCCACCGACGCCGCCUCCACCAUGCACAUGCGCCAGUUCAGAGAUCGCCUCGCUUCUGCACCGGAAUUCCCCAUCUCUCAUCAUUCCAUCCCCCAACCCCCACAGCACCACCAGCACCCCACUGCGUCCAUCUCGGGUCCUAGUGGUCACUCCCGCGGCCACUCCCAGCCCACUAACCAGUUCCACAACCUGCAUCUCUUGACGCAGAGUACACACCUUGCCCAUACGCCCAUGGCUGCCGUGUCCAGUAGCAGUUCACCGAAGAUCGAGUCUCUGACUGCGGAAACUCAGUCGACUGUGGAUUUCUGUCCUACGCCCAACACUCCUCUCUCGCCUACGGCUGGUGCCACCACCCGGCUUGUGAAGAACGAACAGGGUGUGAUGGUUUCUCACGAAGAACUGGAUCCGGAUUUCAACGAGUUCAGUCAGUUUGCACUGGGAUUAGGUGGGAACUCGUCACUUCAGGACCGGGAACCAUUCGGGUUUGAAGAUUUCGUGACCCUGGAUGAGUUCGCUACCGUCUCCUGCUGA